GCGUUCUAGUCACCUCCAAGCAGGAGGAUGCAAAUACUACGUAACUUGGCUGUCGGCGCGGUCCUCAUCGGGGCCGCUUCGGCGUUGAUUAGGGUGCAACUGCACAGAGUCAAAAACGUUCACGAGCAGUAUCGAAAGCUUGGCAGGCCAUUCAACGUACCUGCCGCUCUGUAUUCGAGUAACGCCAAGGGACCAAUCAUGGAGCCGCUCAAGAAUUACGUCAACGCGGAGUAUUACGGGAACAUCACGCUGGGCACACCUCCUCAAGUUUUCUCAGUCAUCUUCGACACUGGCUCUUCCAACCUCUGGGUGCCCUCCAGCAAGUGCCCAGCGAGAGUCCCCGGAUGUCGUGUGCACCGCAAGUACUACAGUUGCCGAUCAAGUACGUACGUCCAGAACGGCACACACUUCGAAAUCGAGUACGGAAGCGGCGCAGUCACGGGCGAGCUCAGCAUCGACACGCUCGGGAUCGGCGAGGCGCGCGUAAAGGGCCAGAUGUUUGCCGAAGUCACGGAGGAGAUAAGCCCGGCCUUCAGCAUUGGGAAGUUUGACGGCAUCCUGGGUCUGGGAUAUCCGCAGGGCGCCGUUCUUAACGUUACGCCCGUUUUCGACAACAUGGUGGCACAGGGCUUAGCCGUGACGCCGGUGUUUGCUUUCUACCUGAAUCGCAACCUCAGUGACCCCAGCGGUGGUGAAGUGCUUUUCGGGGGAGUCGACAAGGCUCACUACAAGGGACGCGUCACCUACUUACCGGUGACCAAGAAAGGUUACUGGCAGUUCAAGAUGGAUGGAAUAAAGAUAUCCGGUAAAACUACCUUCUGCAAGCGAGGCUGCCAGGCCAUCGCUGACACCGGGACAUCUGCGAUCGUCGGGCCUUCAGAUGAGAUAAAUAAGCUGAACAGGCGCAUAAGAGCCAAGGAAGUCUCGCCUGGAGAGUAUGUUGUGAACUGCAAAUCUUUACCUCAUUUGCCGAAGAUUAGUUUCAAUCUCAACAAGCGAGAAUUUGUGCUGGAUCCGGAAGACUACGUUUUCAAGGUGACGGAGAACGGCACAACCAUCUGCCUGAGUGGCUUCGUUGCCAUGGACACACCGCUGUCAUUGGGAUCACUGUGGAUUCUGGGAGACAGGUUCAUCGGUCGUUACUACACCAUAUUUGACAGGGGAAACGAUCGUGUUGGCUUCGCCGAUGCUCGAUAGCGAAAGCCGUCGCAAUGAGCCCAAAAUGCACCGAGCGCAACUUCGACAAGAAAUUCUGCACGCUCAGUUCUAACAUGAAUACAUUGAUAUCUACGAGCCUGUAUACGUUAAGUAUUCAACUCCGGAAGAGGAGAACUUCUUCUGUGGCAUGUUGGUGGGGUUUACCUUGGGAGACUUUAAGAUGCGGAGAGGAAAAAUAAAGGCAGUCGAUGG